AUGGAAAGGUUAUUGACUCCUUUUUUCUUCUUGAAGAAGAAGGAAACAAAGAGAAUUGACUGGGUAGAGCCAUUUACGGCAUUUGUUUCAAGAAUAUAUGGAAAUAGCAUCGAUAUAGACGAUGAAAUCAAAAACUUCAACAAUUUACGCGACAAUAUGUUAGGAGCAGACGAUGCAAACUCCGGGAAAAACGUGAUUUACUGUUACUAUGGACAAUUGGACUAUUUGUCGUUUCGAUUUCCCACUGGUGGAAAUGGAAUUAACAUUAUCUUCGAAUGGAAUGAUAGUUUAUCCAAAGGUGAUUCGUGGUAUAAGCAGUCAUCCUUAGCCUUUGAACGUGCUUGCGUUUUGUUUAACUUAGCUGGCUUGCUUUCAAGAUUAGCUGCUACUCACGCUACCCGGUACACCGUUCAGGAUUAUAAGCAAGCAGCGAACUAUCUUCAGUGCGCUUCCGGUAUCUUUAAGAUGAUUCGGGAGUCUUUUUUGCAUGCUCCUGGAAAAGAUUUUGAUUCACAGUUUCUGUUAGGAGUCCAUUACCUACUCCUUGCACAGGCUCAAGAAUGUGUACUUGGUCACAUGUCGAUGUCCAAAAUGAGCAUGUCUCUAGCAGCAAAAAUAUCUGCUAGUGCUGCAAAUUUAUACGAAUCUUCCUUGCGUUCUUUUGAAUCUAUGGAUUCAUCUCCAAAUGCCUUUUUCGUUUCCUUAGCAUCUGCAAAGCAUCAGACUUUAGAAGGUAUAUCUUGUUAUUUGAUGGCUGAGAGCUUUAAACAGGAUUCAAAAUAUGGAUUGGCUAUUGGUUUUUACAAUAAAGCUAAAAUAAGGCUUCAAGCUGGCCAAAAAUCUUUUUCAUGUGUUAAACCAGAUCCCGAGUUUAUACAUAAGCAAAGCACUAGUGAAUAUACGAAUUCUCUUUCAAGUUUUAUAAAGGACAGCUUAAAAGGAUCAAUUAACAGCACUGAGAAAGACAACGAUUUUGUUUUUCACGAACCUGUCAUUCGGGAAGCUGAACUCCCACAAAUCCAACCUUUACAAGCGCUUCCUUAUCUUACUUUAGACAAGUUAUUUAAUGGAAAGGAGACUGCAAAGUCUGUAGUUGGUGAUGACUUAUUUAAAGCGUUUGUUCCUAGUGCCGUUACUACUGCCAUCUCCUUGUAUUCUGAAGAAACUGCGAAGCUUUUCCGAUAUGAACAGGAGGAAGUAGAACGACAAAAUACACAGUUAGCAACCGUGUUUGCUUCUUUGGAUGUUGAGCAUUUGCAAGAACUGACGCGUUCGGAUUCUGACUCUUCUGCUUUGCCAAAGGAACUGGCAGAUGCCAGAACAAAAAUAGUUCAUCAACAGUUUUCAGAGCAGUUUCAGCAUUUAAGAGAGAAACCAAUUCAGUUAAAACGAAUUUUAAUUCAGUCGGAAUCCGAAUUGGAUAAAGAGAGUUUAGAAAAUUCUAAAAUGAACUCUCGUUUUGGUGCAGCCUGGACGUUGUCUCCUAGUCAGGUAUUUGCGUCUCCUUUUCGUCAACAAAUUCAUUCUUUUUUUCAAGAUUUAGAAAAAGCUGCUUCCAUAGAUAAAGCUAUUUUCCAGCAAUAUCAAUCGAUUAAGGGAGACAUUGAGACGCUUUGUGACAGCAAUAAGAUGGACGCUCUUUUUGGAUCAGCGGCGGUUUCUUUGAUGGAAAGUUCCAACGUUCCAAACUUAUUAGAUUUACCGGAUGACAAUCUAGAAUUGGAGAGAGAGAUGAAGAUUCAGUUGGAUCUACUAGAGGAGCUUCAAACUCGGGUACAAAAGCUUGUCCCAAAUCGUGAAGUUACCCUCAAAACACUCCAAGAUAACUGUUUACAUGAUGAUAUAUCUGAAGCGUUAAUGCAAAACAGCAACAAGGGUGAGAACUCUAUAGCCAUUGAACAGCUUUUUGCCCAACAAUUAAAAAAAUUUGACCCUAUGCGGAAUCGUUUGCAUGGAUCUUAUCGUCAACAACAACUACUCGUAGGAGAAAUGAGAAACGCUGUUCAAAAACUGAAGCGGAAUCCUAACUUUAAUAAGAAACUGGAUUGUUAUAAUCAAUCCUUAACCAAAAACAAAGACGUAUCUGUUCGACUCCUUUCGUCGGCAAUCACUGCAAAUGCAAUCGCUGAAGGUAUCUCAAAUGGAUUGAAUUACUAUCGUUCUCUGGAAGUGAAAAUAGAGGAUUUUGGUUCAAAAUUGAAAAAUAGGCUAUUAAGCAGAAGAAAGGAAGGAGCUCAAUGUCUAGCAAACAUGAAUUCCAAUAACCAUUCUAACUUGUCUUCCAACAUGCGAAAUCUUCAUCUCUAG